UCUCUCGUGUUGAACACCGGUUGGAAACUUUUUCCAUGUGCUUUUUACAAAUUAUAAACCAUUCAAUUUAACUGUUUGCGCAGAGUGGGUCUGUAAGGCAAGGGCCUUCUACAUUGGUUCCAAUAUGAACAAAUUAUUUUAUUUUCUUGGGAUUUUUGUCAUCUUACUAUUGACAUCUCAGUGCCAUGGUGAUGAAGAGGCAAAGGAAACAGAUGAGAUGAAAGAACCAGAAUCAGAACCUAUUGUAGAAGAUGACAUUGGUAAGAGUCGUGAUGGAUCAAAGACUGAUGAUGAAGCAGUACAACGAGAGGAAGAAGCUAUCAAGUUAGAUGGUUUGAAUGUUGCCCAGAUGAAGGAAUUGCGAGACAAAGCUGAGAAGCAUGCCUUCCAAGCUGAAGUCAGUCGUAUGAUGAAGUUAAUCAUUAAUUCACUGUAUCGAAACAAAGAGAUCUUCCUCAGAGAAUUGAUCUCAAAUGCAUCCGAUGCCUUGGACAAGAUCCGUUUCCUCUCACUAACGGACAAAUCGGCUUUGGCAGCAACAGAGGAAAUGUCAAUUAAAAUCAAAGCAGACAAAGACAACAAUGUCUUGCAUGUGACAGACACUGGUAUUGGAAUGACCAAGGAGGAACUGGUGAAGAAUCUUGGUACCAUUGCAAAAUCUGGGACAAGCGAAUUUUUGUCUAAGUUACAGGACUCCCAAGAUGACAGUGUUAGAUCAAGUGAUCUGAUUGGCCAGUUUGGUGUUGGAUUUUACUCCUCCUUCCUUGUUGCUGACCGUGUGAUUGUGACAAGCAAACAUAAUGAUGAUAAACAAUAUGUCUGGGAAUCAGAUGCUGUGUCAUUCAGCGUGACUGAAGAUCCUCGUGGUGACACCCUCAAGAGAGGUACUACAAUCAGCCUGCACUUGAAGGAAGAAGCUCGAGAUUUCCUUGAACCAGAAACAAUCAAAGACUUGGUGAGGAAGUACAGUCAAUUUAUCAACUUCAACAUUUACCUUUGGACCAGUAAGACUGAGACAGUUGAGGAGCCCAUUGAAGAAGAAGCUGAGCCAGAGAAGAAAGAUGAAAGUGAGGAAGAAAAGAAAGAUGAGGAGAAGAAAGAAGAUGAGAAGGAUGAGGAUAAAAAAGAUGAAGAAAAAAAAGAGGAUGAAGAUGUGGAAGUUGAAGAUGCUGAGGAAGAGAAAGACAAGAAACCAAAAACAAAGAAAGUUGAGAAGACCAUUUGGGACUGGGAACUAAUGAAUGAUACCAAACCAAUCUGGUUGCGUAAACCCAAAGAAGUGAAUGAUGAGGAUUACAAUAACUUCUAUAAAUCUUUCAGCAAGGAUAGUGAUGAUCCACUGGCAAAGGUCCACUUUGUUGCUGAGGGUGAAGUCACAUUCCGUUCCAUUCUCUUUGUACCAAAGACAUCUCCUGGCUCUAUGUUUAAUGACUAUGGAAAGCAUACAGACCACAUCAAGCUGUAUGUAAGACGUGUAUUCAUCACUGACGAUUUCCAAGAAAUGAUGCCAAAAUAUCUAGGAUUUGUCAAAGGCGUUGUUGAUUCCGACGAUCUCCCGUUGAACGUUUCUCGCGAAACUCUUCAACAACACAAACUGUUGAAAGUUAUCCGCAAAAAGUUGGUGAGAAAGGUUCUGGAUAUGUUCAAGAAAAUCGCAAAGGAAGACUACAUUGAGAAGUUCUGGAAGGAAUACAGUACUAACAUCAAGCUGGGUGUCAUUGAAGAUCAUUCCAACCGCACACGCUUGGCAAAGUUGCUUCGUUUCCAGAGUUCUAACAACAAGAGUGACUACACAAGUUUACCUGAGUAUGUUGAGCGAAUGAAGGAGAAACAAGACGUGAUCUAUUUCAUGGCGGGAAGCUCAAGAGAUGAGGUUGAGAAAUCACCUUUCGUUGAACGUCUUUUGAGAAAGGGCUAUGAAGUGCUGUACCUUGUGGAACCGGUCGAUGAAUACUGCAUACAAAGUCUUCCUGAGUUCGAAGGCAAAAAGUUCCAGAAUGUGGCAAAGGAAGGUCUAAAUAUUGAACAAUCGGAGAAGGCCAAAAAGAAAUUCGAGGAAUUAGAGAAGACGUACGAACCACUCCUGAAAUGGUUGAAGGACGAUGGAUUGAAAGACCAGAUCGAGAAGGCCACUCUGUCACAACGCUUGACUGAUUCUCCUAUGGCUUUAGUAGCCAGCAGUUAUGGAUGGUCUGGUAACAUGGAGCGUAUCAUGAGAUCUCAGGCUUAUGCCAAGGCCAAGGAUCCUAGUCAAGAUUAUUAUGCUAAUCAAAAGAAGACAUUGGAAGUUAACCCUCGUCAUCCAUUGAUCAAGAAACUGCUGGACUUGGUUGAGAAGGACUCUGCAGACCAGUCAGCUAAAGACUUGUCACGAUUGUUGUUCGAAACUGCUAAUAUGCGAUCUGGCUAUCAACUUAAGGAUUCUUCAGAUUUUGCCUCGCGCAUAGAGCGCAUGCUCAAAUUGAGCAUGCAGAUGGACCCGGAUGCAAAACCAGAAGUUGAAGAAGAGGAAGAGGAAGAUAAGGAAAAAGAAGGGGAAGCAGAGGAAGCAGAACCAGAGGAGGCAGAUGGUGAAAGUGAAGAGGAAGCUGAAGAAGCAAAGGAAGAAGUAAAAGAAGAUGAAGAAAAAGUGGAUGCACAGGCAGAAACAGAACAAAAAGAAGACGGAAGCACCACUGAGGAUGAAACCGUAGAUGAGGCUGUUCCUGCCGAACCAAGGACUGAAUUGUAAAGCACACCAACAACGCGUGGACGUUAGGAUUUAAGCACCGAAUAUAAAGACAUAAAAAUAUUUAAAUUAUUUUCAGGACGUUAUCCUGUCGACGUGAUCGCGACCGCGCGACGUGAACACGAAAAAUUCCAUGAAGCGUUACUUCUAUGCUGCGGUAUUUAGUGACAAGAUUGCGCAGUUUUGUGAAUCAUUUCUGAAGCCUGUCCAUACAAGUACAAAUCCACAAAUUCGACUUUGCUCUAUAUUGGUAUGAAUCAGGUGGAAGAAUGUUGUAUUUUAAGGAAACCUUUCUUUGCUAGGCAGAUAAAUUUCCAUUCACCCAAAUGUUUGUUCAUAACUAAAUUUG